AUGCCAUUUUCGUCGUCAUGGUCGACAGACAGGGCACUUGUACAGCGCUAUGCGGCUUCUAGGGGUCAAGUAGACGCCACACCCGAGCUAGAAGAUGCCUGGCACUCCCCAACAAGUCCCUCUUCCCCCUUUCCCGGAGGAGAAGACCGCCCACUUCUUACUUCUCGUAUAUCACCAGCAGUAAAUCAUGUCUCUUCGGCCGGGAAAUGGGCACAAGACAGCGAUAAUGACCACUCACGACCAACGCCGACAAUAAAUGUGACUGAAUCAACACCUCUGAUUCCCCAUGAACCCUCUGGAGGGUCUGCUAGGCCGGGAGAUCGUCAGGAGUGGUGGAGCGAAGUUCGAACAUUGUGUGCUUUCACUUUGCCAGUGUUAGGCACUCAUAUCUGUGAAUAUUCCUUAUCUAUUGCACCCGUCAUCUCUACCGGGCAUAUUUCGACAGAGGCCUUGGCUGCAGUCACUCUUGGGACAAUGACUGCGUCAGUCACGGGCUUCUCCAUCAUCAUAGGAUUCAGCACGGCCCUAGAUACGAUGCUUCCAUCUGCGUGGACAUCCGGGACACCUUCUCUAGUUGGACUAUGGACCCUUCGCAUGUUCGUUUUGAUGACUGCUAUUCUGAUUCCCAUUGCAAUGUUAUGGCUGAAUGCCGAAGUAAUAUUGCUGGCGUUACGUCAAGAGCCGGAGAUUGCCAAACUAGCAGGCAUUUAUCUACGUUGGUUUAUGCUUGGACUACCAGCCUAUGCCUUCAACGCUAUCGCGUUUCUUCCAGUCACAAGAGAAGGGCUCUUCAGUGCACCAACCCGAAUUGUGGUCAUCGUUGCUCCGAUCAAUAUACUGCUCAACUGGCUUCUCGUUUGGGGGCCAGAUUGGAUCCGCCUGGGCUUCAUUGGCGCGCCAAUUGCGACAGCAAUCUCUCUAAAUCUGACAUCUUGUCUUUACACAUUCUAUGGGCUCUGGUUCACAUCCAAGGUUGCGUGGCAUCCCGUGAACAAAGAGUGCCUGCACGACCUUCGUCGCCUCUUCAGGUUGGGUUUUGCAGGCGUUGCACAAAUCGCAGCUGAGUGGUGGUCAUGGGAACUCUGCGGAUUGGUCGCUAGCCAAAUUGGCUCCCUGGAGCUGGCUGUCCAGUCUGUCUUGCUUGUUUCCGCGUCGACUUCGUAUCAAGCACCUUACGCUCUCAGCUCUGCUACAUCGGUCAGGGUCGGAAAUAUGCUCGGUGCUCGAAAUGCUAGGGGAGCUGCCCUUGCCACUCGUGUCUCGAUAUUCCUUUCCUUUAUUGUGGCAUUGCUAAUGAGCGCUGUAUUCUUAUUGUUCCGCAAGAACUGGGCAUACAUGUUCAACGAUGAUCCUUACGUCGUCAAGGAAGUCGCUCACAUCCUUCCCCUCGUUGCCUUGUUCCAAAUUUUUGAUGGGCUCGGGGCAAUCACCGGAGCAAUCCUACGUGCUCUUGGUAAACAAGAUAUUGGUGCCAUGCUAAGUCUUGUCGGAUACUAUGCAUUCGGGAUCCCGCUUGGUAUUGUUCUUGCCUUUAAAGCAGGGCUAGGUCUCGAGGGUCUCUGGGUCGGACUGACGCUGGCGCUCGUCUUUGUUGGGGUCACUGGGCUCUACAUUUGUACCAUUCGCACAAACUGGGAGACUGAGGUGCACAAAGCCAUGGUUCGCUUGGGACACGAGCAAGAGGAACCACCACGGAAUACAACCACAACAUCGAAUGUUGUUCCAUAG